AUGGUUAAUUCAGUUUCAACUGGACAAGAAGCAAAUAAAGGUCCUGAUCCACAACCAAAGGGAGCAAGGACACCCCCACCAAGAUCUUCAAAUGAAGAGAGACUUCUUUCUACUCCAAACAAGCAAAAUAUGCAUAAUGAGGAGAUUGUUUGUGAUGCUCCACCUGUGUGGACAAAAUCUCUAGAGUCUUAUCUCAACAAUGCUUUUAAGAAAGGAGAUGAAUUUAAGAUUGCUAUAAUGAAAAAAUUAAAUGGAGACGAAGGAAAUUACUUUCGUUUGUAUUGCGAAAAAGUUCUGAUUGAUUUCUACAAUUUGAUUGAUAUUUUUCCUGAUAUGUCAAGAAAAAUUGGCGAACAAAAGUAUAUUAUACAAAACAGGUUUUAUGAAACAAUGUUUGGAAAAAUAUGCUUUGACUGGAUAGAGUCACAUUCUCCUGCAGGAAAACUAACAAAGUCAGCCACCAACUCUGGCAUUAUUAAGGUGGGCAUGAGAGGAGUCCGGACAUUGGAUGAUAAAGAAGUCUUUCACAUGGAAGUCUCAGGCCCACCUUCAUUACCAUCAAAAUGA